AUGUCUAGGAGAUAUGAUAGCCGAACAACAAUCUUCUCCCCUGAAGGACGCCUGUACCAAGUUGAGUAUGCUAUGGAGGCCAUUGGAAAUGCUGGUUCCGCAAUAGGAAUAUUAUCCAAAGAUGGUGUUGUCUUGGUUGGUGAAAAGAAGGUUACAUCCAAGCUAUUGCAAACCUCAACUUCCACUGAGAAGAUGUACAAGAUUGAUGAUCAUGUUGCUUGUGCUGUGGCUGGAAUUAUGUCUGAUGCCAACAUCCUCAUCAACACUGCUAGGAUCCAAGCACAACGCUACACCUUUGCAUACCAAGAGCCAAUGCCUGUAGAGCAGCUAGUUCAAUCCCUUUGUGAUACCAAGCAAGGGUACACACAGUUUGGUGGUCUUCGGCCCUUUGGUGUGUCGUUUCUGUUUGCAGGAUGGGACAAAAAUUAUGGUUUCCAACUUUACAUGAGUGAUCCCAGUGGAAAUUAUGCUGGUUGGAAAGCUGCAGCAAUUGGUGCAAACAACCAGGCUGCACAAUCCAUGCUAAAGCAGGAUUACAAGGAUGAGAUCACAAGGGAAGACGCUGUUCAGCUCGCUUUGAAGGUGCUCAGCAAAACCAUGGAUAGUACAAGCCUUACUUCAGAGAAGCUUGAACUGGCUGAGGUUUUCCUUUCUCCUUCUGGGAAUGUGAAAUACCAAGUUUGCUCACCCGACACUCUAAGCAAGCUGUUGGUGAAGUAUGGAGUUACCCAACCUGCUGCUGAGACUUCCUGA